AUGGCUGGGCUAAUUGCAUCUGGAAUCGUCAAGUGGACUGCAAGCAAGCUUUCCUCUCUAGUUUCUGCACCAGUUUGGACAGCACCCUCCGACUCCGAUGAAGGGCAAUCUGCUCUUGAGGACCUCCGGGAGCUGCGAAGGUCAAUGAUAAUGAUCCAGCGGACACUCGAUGAAUCAGCUGAGGGCAGCAUCAGAGGCGAAGCAGAGAGGCUGCGCCUAAGCGAACUGCAGCAGUUUGUCUAUGAUGCCCAGGAUGCUGUUGACCAGUACAAAUAUGAGCUGCUGCGGCGAAGGAUAGAAGAUCAAGACAGGCAAGGUGAUGGAAGCAACAGAAGUAGUCGCAAACGCAAGGGUCAAAAGAAGGAACCAGAAGUAGACCCUAUUCCAGUUCCUGUUCCUGAUGAGUUAGCAACAAGGGUUAAAAAGAUUUCAGAGAGGUUCAAUGAAAUAACAAGGGCAUGGAAUGACCUCCAGAUGGAUGAGAGUGAUGCACCCAUGCUGGAAGAUGACAAUGAAUUGUUGCCUCUGCCGACCAACCCACAUGUAGAUGAACUAAACAUCGUUGGCAGAGAAGAAGACAAGGAAAGCGUCAUCAAAAUGUUAACAGCAGUUGUCAAUGCUGAUGCAGGGACGCUUUCCGUCCUCCCUGUUAUUGGUAUGGGAGGAGUAGGCAAGACAACACCUGCUCAACUAGUGUACAAUGAUCGAAGGAUCUCUAAAUACUUCGACAUCAAGGGCUGGGUACAUGUAUCUCCUGAGUUUAGGGUCAAGAACUUGGCAAGUAAGAUCCUAAUGUCAUUUUCAAGAAGACAAUGUGAGGCAAUGGAAAUGGAUGAUCUCCAAGAUGCACUGACGGAGCAAGUUGAGGGCAUGAAAUUCUUGCUUGUUCUUGAUGAUGAGUGGAAUGAGGACAGGGACCUUUGGAACACUUUACUGUCUCCUAUGCUAAGUGCUCAACUGGGAAUGAUCCUACUAACCACCCUUUCCAGCAACUGUCGAGAACCACAAAAAUUUCAGGCCGUCACACUUGGAAUGAAGACUGGACGUUUUGAAAUCGGAUGUAGGGUUCAUCCUAUUGAUUUGGCUUUAGUUACAAGUAUUCCUGAUUCUAUGGAAAAUCUGCACAAUCUUAAGGUCUUGGAUUCAAGAACCUACAGCCUAACUGAGAUUCCCCAAGGAAUCAAGAAAUUAGUCAGUCUCCGCCAUCUCCAAUUAGAGAAACGGUCCCCGUUAUGCAUGCCAAGUGGGGUUGGACAACUGAAGAAAUUGCAGUCCUUGUCAAGGUUCAGCAUUGGAAGUGGGAGCUGGCAUUGCAACAUUGCGGAGCUACAUGGCUUUGUCAACAUACGUCCAGAGCUGUCUAUUACUGGAUUAAGGAGAGUAGGCAGUGUAGAUGAUGCACAAACUGCUAAUCUGGUCAGUAAACAGCACCUGCUAAAGUUAACACUGGAUUGGGCCGAUGGAUCAUUGCCUAGUAGAUGCAGACAUCAUUCUGGAGUUCAAUGUGACCUUGUACGUACACCCGAGUUUGAGGAGGCAAUUUUUGAGAGCCUUCGGCCGCAUAGCAAUCUGAAGGAGUUGGAGGUAGCCAACUAUGGUGGCUACAGAUAUCCGGAAUGGUUAGGGCUUUCUAGAUUCACCCAACUGACUCGAAUAACUCUGUAUGAGCAAAGUUCUGAAUUUCUUCCUACACUGGUUAAAUUGCCUCAGCUCCUUGAGAUCUCUGUGCAAUGGAUGAGAGGCGUUCGGCACAUUUCAAAGGAAUUCUGUGGGCAAGGUGAUAUAAAAGGCUUCCCUUCAUUGAAGGAUCUAGAGUUUGAGAACAUGCCUAACUUGGGUGGAAUGGGAAAACUUAACGAAGGGUUGUUUUCUGACCUGGACUUGCCAUUGCUGCAAGCAUUGAAGGUGUCUCUUUCUCACAACAUAGAGUACGUCGUUCUUAGCCAGAACCUGCCACUGCUAGAGCUCCUUGUGGUUCGUGCAUGCCAUAAGUUGCAGGAACUAGUGGGCCUUAGCAACUUGCAAUCUCUCAAGCUGCUAAACAUAAUAGCGUGCCGAAAACUGCAUCUCCCUUUUGACCAGCCUCUUCCCCAACAGCUUGAGCGGCUUACAAUCUUGAAAUGUCCGCAGCUACAUGACUGGUUGGAGUUCCAAAAUGUGCAACUCUACAAUCAGCUACUGUCUGACCAUGAAAGCGAUGAAGACCGAGAAGCUCUUGAAAUGCUGUGGGAUGAAACAGACGAUGAAGUUGAAGAAGAGUUCUUAGAUAUACCCGAGAAUGAUGAUGAUGCUGAAUCAGACUUCGGGCCAUCAGGUUUUAGUAUUGACGACGAUGACCAGGAGGAUUAG